AUGGGCUCUAUCAAAAGCCUAAGACUCCAAGUGGCGCUCCACAAGACGGAAGCGCUCUUCUUCCACGACGGAAGUCGUGGAGCGGCGCCGGAGUCCUGGGUGACGGUGGAUAAAGUCCGCGUCCGCAUAGAGCCCAGUAUUAAAUACUGGGGCCUGAUGUUGGACGGCAGAUGGGACUUUGGGCCGCACUUCAGGUGGCUGGCCCCCUGGGUCUACAAAGUCGGGCUGGCGUUAGCCGGCCUGAUGCAGAACCAGGGAGGGCCAAAGAUGGCACGCUCGCCGCCUGUAUACAGGGGUGAUCCUGUGAUGCGGUCGGUGGUCGUGAGAGCGACUCGUGCCUUUAGGACUAUCUCCUAUAUAGCGGCGACGACCCUGACCGGCCUUUCCCCCGUGGAGCUCAUCGCUCAAGAACGAUACGUUCUUUAUUGGCGUAUAAAAAAGCUCCGCGGGGCGGAGGAAGCUGUGUCAGCCAGGGGCCUGGCGGCCCUGAAGUCCAGAGUCUGGAUGAUGGAGCGGUGGGAGAACAUCCUCACUGACCCCCACCCGGGCUUCGAACGGCCGAAACCGUCGCCCCUGUCUCGCCGAUAUGGCGAGCAGAAGGGGAUGGUAGGAGAUGUUCACCUACCAUCUGGUGCAGAUUCUAACCGGCCAUGGGUGCUUUGGCCAGUUCCUGCACCGGAUCUAGAAAGGGCCCACUGCUCGAUGUCACUACUGUCCGGAGCUGGAGGACACGUUCCAGCACACGCUGGUUUCGUGCAGCACAUGCUGAUCUGA